UUGCGGGUUCUGCGACUGUCACGUGACCCAGCUGUUCUUGCUGUCAAAUCAAACGUGAGUGGCGACUAUGCGCUCACUCAUCGGACUUGUCUGCGUGGUCGUCGCUGCAACCUUGUACCUUUAUUUACUAUCUUUGAACUUGCCCCCCGGACCGCCGAGACCCGCUCAGACCGCUGGCGAGACCCAACAUGCCGAUUCGGGAGCAGAAGGGUCCGCUGAGAGAACCGAGGACACAAGAAGCAGAUUGAAGUUUCCAUCUGACUUGGAGGAUCUACGGGAGCUGUCUGAGCUUCUUCAAUUCUACAAGACAGAGCACACGGCCUAUGUGUUGCUGCUCUUCUGCAGCGCUUACCUCUACAAGCAGUCCUUCGCUAUCCCUGGAUCCUCCUUCCUGAACAUCUUAGCGGGAGCCAUAUUCGGCCUGCACUGGGGCCUGCUGCUGGCCUGUGUGCUCACCACGGUGGGCUCCACCGCCUGUUAUCUCCUGUCUCAAGCCUUUGGGAAACACUACAUCGUCAGCAUCUUCCCCGAUAAGGUGGCCAUGCUCCAGAGGAAGGUGGAAGACAACAAGGACUGCCUGUUCUUCUUCCUUCUCUUCUUGAGGUUCUUCCCCAUGACACCCAACUGGUUCCUCAACAUGUCCGCCCCCGUCGUAAACAUUCCCGUCACCUUCUUCUUCUGCUCAGUCUUUAUCGGUCUACUGCCCUACAACUUCAUCUGCGUGCAGACUGGCGUCAUGUUGGCGGAGGUCUCCUCCCUGGACCACUUGUUCUCCUGGCAGCGUCUCUGGCAACUUCUGGCCACGGCUUGCGCGGCGCUGCUGCCCGGCGCUCUCAUCCGCCACUACGGCCAGCGGCACCUCAAAGGGACAACAACGCACGAGCACAACGGACUUUCUGACAACAAGAAGGUCCACUGACACAUCGCGUGGGUUGUUCGUUUGAACUACUAGAACUGACUGUCGGUAAACUUGAUGACAGUUCGUCUAUACAGGGCACAUACGGAGAGGGAGAGGCACUUGUGCGUGUUGCGCAACUUUUGACUGUUGUAAACAUCUACCUCACCAGUAAUAAAACUCUAGCUUUGACAACACAAGUUAAAACGGAACAGAGUACAAAAUAGCAUUUGUAAAGUGAAAAUACAACUUUGACUUUUAAAUACUGGACAAUCAAGUGUAACUUGCCAAAGUCAGGUAUAUGUGUAGAAAAUAAAUGGAAGUUCUUCAUUUUUAGUAAAUGUAUACUUCACCCAUGCAGCAGAAAGCCUUUCAAUUAUUCAUACUUUGUACAGCAUAAAUUCUGCAUUUACAAAAAUAACAAUGGUAUUGAAAAAUUUUAUAGAUUUACUUACUGUACUGGUAAGUGUGCGCCACCGUUGGAAACCUACUUUCAAAAAAGAGCAGAUACAAGGGAGCAUCUUUCAAAUGGUGUUUAUUGCUCAGAUCCAGAUUUGCUCAGCAAUACAGUUCACUCACAAGUCAAAACAACAGUACGCUCGGGGACCAGAAAGGCACAGGUCCGCCAUAAAAAGCGUCAAAACGCGGACCCCAUGUCAGUCCGGCGCACAUCAUCCGUGACCUAUUGACAUGUUAGAGACCUUUCGGCCUGGGGGACAUUGGAGGGGUUUCACUUGUUGGACACACACACUCACACACGAGGAAUCUCCCAAAUGGCGAGAUGUGUAAAACCACUAGUAGAAGUUUAGUGCUAUAUGAGGCGUCUGGCAUCCAAACGUCAUUGAACAAAAAACUGCUGCAGUUGAAGUCAUCCAAAUGCGCUCUGCCCUACCGUGUCCUAAGUUCUAUUAUUACACACGUGAAUCCUCUUGUCAAUCUACUUUUAUUUCUACACGACCUCCGCCAAGGAAGUUAAUGUGGGUUUUGUUUCGUUAAAAGCAUUACGCAGAAACAACGACGCCAUUGAGGCCACGCAGAAGAAAAAGAAUUACAACUACGGUAAAAAGACGGUAAAAA